AUGGCAAGGAAACGAUUUGCUGCAGGGCAGCGGUCAACUUCCGCCGUCCACCUGCUCGUAUGGCUGGUGCUGGGGAUUGGCAUCGGGGCGGUGGCGGGCUUCAUCUUCAUGGGCACGGUGCACACGAUGCUGGCUUCCCGCGGGGCCGACCACUACGGCAGCGCCCCCGUGGCCGGCGCCAGCACGAAGCCUCCCGCGGGCACCAUCCACAUCCUCAUGACCUCCAACGGCUCCCCCUACCAGAACUACCAGACACGCAUCCUGCUGGGCACCUACGAGAUCAUCAAGGGCAUGCCUGGCGGCGAGCGUCACGUGGGCAUCACCCGCAUCCUGCAUCGCACCAAGCCCGACAUCCUGAUGGAGAUCAUCGACACCUUCCAUGCCACGCCACUGCAGCCAGCCUGCGACGGCUGGUGCAACUACCCUGUCUCUGACAGAGGGAAUGCCAUGCGGCAGUUCUUCGACUCCCUCCCCUCCACCCCCGACCGCAUCAAGGGGGAGUGGCUGUACAUGAUUGAGUCCGACUAUGUCUUCAUGAAGCCGCUGGGCAUCCCCAGCACCCCGCCAGAGGGUUAUGCAGGCUGGGCGUUUCCCUUCAAUUACAUCAACCCAAUUGCCGUCCCGAAUGAGAUGCAGAAACUCUCUCCGGGUGUGGAUGUGAAGAGCAUUCCCCCCACUGGACCCGCACCCAUUGUGCUCAGCCUGCAAGACUGGAUCAAGGUGACGCCCAGCUGGGAGCGACUGACCGCGGCCAUUGAGGCAGACACGGAGGUCCGUGACCGCCUGGGAUGGGUGCGUGAAAUGUAUGCCUUCUCCCUGGCCCUGGUGGAGACCGGUAUCAAGGUAGAGCUGCGGACCGAGGGGCAGAGCCCCUUUAUCGCCCACCUGCCGGGCCAGGCGGGGCUGGGCGAGGCGCACGCCUUCCACUACACCCUCUGCACCAUCUACAAGACCAUGGACGGCGGGGACGCGUGGGGCUUUGACAAGCGCUUCUACACGGAGCCGCAGCACGCGCUGGAGCUGACGCGCAUCCCGCCCAUGCCCGAGUUCGAGGCGGGCAAGUACAAGUUCGUGGAGGGGCCGCCGGUGACCCUGGAGAAGCACAACGCCAUCAAGCAGAUGAUAGACCAGAUCAACAAGGGCAUGGACCUGGCGGUGCCCCUGCCCGAGGCAGCAAAGGCGCGGGCCUUCUAG